AUGUCCCACCGUACCGCAGCGACUGCGCUGCUGCUUGUUUCUUUGCCCUAUGGUCUUGCCUUGCCUCAGAUUAUUCCUGUGAUCAGUGAAGUCACUCGAGUCCCGAAACCUCUUACGCUUCCAUAUGAACCUGGAUAUGAAUCUCCUACUGUCACGGUUGUUGGCACGGUAGUUGAUGCUACAACAGAUCCAGCCGCUUUGAAGACUGUAGCAGACACCGAAUCAGAUGCGCUUCCAGAGGACGCUCUUCCCACACUGGACGCAGUAGCAAGCAUCCUCCCCUUUAUCCUACCGGGUAUCCUGCCAGUAGAAACCGAUCUACCUCCUAUUGACACACCGGAUGUCGACCCAUCCGACCUACCCAUUUUGGACCCUGGAAUUGGGAACGGAACCUUCCCGGACGACGACCUCCCUGACACCAACGAUCUUGAGGUGAUCGACCUGCCAGCGCCGAGCGAGGUGCCUUACGAUGAUGAUGGUAUCAUCGCCGACCCCCUCGAUCCCAUCCUCUCUGACCCUGUCCCGGAUUUCCUUGAUUUCCCUGAUUUCCCUGACUUCAGUGACUUCCCAGAUGAGAAGACGGUACCCAUUGGCACAUUCAACGCUGUAAUCCAGCCCCUCGUCUCGGUCAUCCAAACCCUGCUCAACGCUCUCCCAGGCAACUUCGCUCCCCCACUGCCGAGUAUCUUUAUUCACCCGCUGCUGCCAACAGAGACCCCGGACAUAUUUAUCGACCCGUUGCUACCUACCGAGACCUUCGACGACGCCAUUGUAGCCACCGCUACUGAUGCCAUUGAUUCUCUGCUCGACUCUCUGUUCGAUUCCAUCCCGUCCAUUGCGGAUUCCGUUGCCACAGAUCUUCCCUUCGCGAAGAGGCAGCUUCCAGAUGAAUCCGAUGAGAGCGGCAUUCGUGCUCUCAUUGGCCCCAUUCUCGACGCUAUCAAAGAACUUAUCGCGCAAAUUCCUGGUCUCGGUCCCGCAGUAGCUGAUGCUGUUUCUGAUAUUGAGGAGGUCGUUCCAUCUGUAGUUGACCAGCUAGUCGAUGUACCAGCUGUCGAUACUCAGCUUCCUAUCCCAACCUUUACGAUUCCAGCUGCGUUGCUUCCCACCUUACCAGCUGAUCUGCCAAUCGAUGUUCCAGCUAUUCCAGAGCUUCCGUCCCCUGAAAUCACUCUUCCGAGUUUGCCGACAGACGUUCCUGUACCCCCAGUUGAGGCCCCAGAUGUCACAUCGGCCAUCCCUGAUGAAGUGCUCGACGUCCCCAUCCCCGAUAUCGAGGGCAUCGACUGGUCUCAGUACGAAUCUCCCCCUUUCUCCCCUUUCUCGGAUCUCCCUACCCCAAGUACAGACGACCUUCCGAUCCCUGACGAUGUGCUCAACGUUCCUGUCCCGGACUUCGACGAGUUCGGCGUGCCCAUCGACUCGCCAUUAGAUGCUUCGGACCUCCCAGUCGCUAUCCCCAGCCUUGCACUCCCAACAAGUCUGGAUGUUCCAGGUGUUGAUGGAUCUGGUGUACCCCUUGACGCACCGCUCGACGCUGUGUCGGACUUGUCAAGCGCGCCCAGUGUGCUACCUGCCCUGCUCGACUGGCCGUUUGACGACUUCGAGAUCCCCAACACUUUGGCUCCUGAUGCGACCGGGGAGCUUCCCGAUCUCUCCGACCUGCCGAUUUCGAGCAGUGCGUUGAGUGUGCCCGUCCCUGACUCGAACGACCUUGGUGUGCCGCUUGAUCUGGCAACUGUUGCACCCGCACUCCCUACCGACGCGGUGGGUGGUCUUCUGCUGCCUGCCUCUCUGCCUGCACUCACCAUUCUGCCUGAAAUCACCAUUCUGCCUGAUCUUCCGGUGCCGACGGGUCUGUUCGACGUGCCUGUUCCUGGGGGGUUUGAAGACCUGGGUGAUCUGCCGGCACCCACUGGCGUUGCUUCGAGCCUUCCUCUGCCCACUCUCGAGGACCUUGCAAUCCCUACCGAUAUCCUCAACAUCCCUGUACCCGAUCUAGACCAAUUUGGCGUUCCAAUUGAUCUGCCAGUUGAUUCUAACGCCGACCUUCCACUCCCCACCAAUUUCCUCGACGUGCCUGUUCCUGAGGGAUUUGAAAACCUGGGUGAGGCGCUUGACCUGCCAGAUCCUACGCUUCCAACUGAUGUCGUUCCCGAUUUUGAGGACUUCCCGAUCCCGGACGCUGUGCUCAACAUUCCCGUACCUGACCUAGACAAUCUGGACGUUCCACUGGACUUGUCGACCGACCCAAUUGCUGCAUUUCCCACUAGUCUUUUUGACGUUCCUGUCCCUGAAGGCUUCGAAGACCUGGGUGAACCGUUCGAUCUACCGGCUGCCACACUUCCAGCGGAUGUUGUUCCUGAUGUCCAGAACCCGGCAGUCCCAACCGACGUGCUUAACAUCCCUGUACCCAACCUGGAUGAUCUAGGUGUUCCGGUUGAGCAGCCAAGUAUCCUUCCAGCUUUUGUGCAGCCGAGUAUCCUUCCAGCUUUUGAGCAGCCCAGCAUACUUCCAGCUUUUGAGCAGCCGAGUAUUCUCCCAGCUCCUGUGCAGCCAAGUAUUCUCCCAGCUCCCGCGCUGUCGGAAGCUGCUUUUGGUGCUGGCUUCCCGAUUCAAGUCCUACCUGAUGUGCCGCUUGUUCUUCCGAGUGCACCAACUGACGCUUUGCCGACACUGCCGACCGAUGCGCUCCCCGUGUCUGAAGCCCCAGCUGAUCCAACUAUUCCGGCGUUACCUGUCGUACCAACACUUCAAGGUAUCGUUCCCUCUGGCGUCUCUACGGCACCGGCUAUCCCGGUCGUUGCUGUUGUACCUGCUAUUCCCACGCUUCAAGGCAUCGUACCCAAGCUACCUUUCCAACUCCCCGGUCAGGCCCGUCCCCUGGCGAAGCGAGAGAUGAUGGCUGCUCAAGCUGCUCAGGUCUCAUCUGCUAAAAUCCCAAUCGGCUCGGGUAUUGCCCUUGCUUUGACCAAGUCUCUUCUGACCCUAGUCAGAGCGCUGCUGGAUACAUUGCCGAUUGUGGGGAAGACAGUGCCGAAUCUGGGUGCCAGUUUGCCGGCUGUCCCUACUAUUCUACCUGCGCUUCCAACAGUUCCGGUGAUCCCCGGUGUACCAGGUGUCAACAGCAUUGUGCCUUCACCCUCAUUGCCGGCUGUGCCAGAUGUUGCUGGAGCCCUCACUCCUGUGAUUUCUAUUCUUCCGCUGCCUACAGCCACAGACCUUGCUAGUGCCAUCCCUGCGCUUCCCACUCUACCCGAUGUCGCCGACGUCGCCAGCGCUCUCCCUCCAGUGUCCGAUGUUAGUGCGGCUGCGUCAACUGUCACCGGCGCAGUGUCUGCAGUUCCUGGGAUCAGUGAAGUCCUCUCUACUGUCAGUGACGUACCAAAGGUCCCUCUGGCGUUUGACUCUGGUCUUGAAAGGCGUCGGCUUCCCCUUGCACGCCGUGCUACUGAGUUCCAGCAAGGUUCCGCGAGCGAGUGGGAGUCUUUUUUAGGCGAGCUGGAUGAGUCCAAGCAAGAAGAGCUUCAUGAACUCAUCCACGAUUCUGCGGCGGCUGUUACUCACAACGACAUGGACAAUCUGGCCUCUAAGCUCCAAGCCGAUUUCGAGGACUUGAGCGACGCAUCGAAAGCAAGGUUACUAAAUGGCUGGGUUCCCGGCUCUGUACUUACUGCUGUGCAAGAACGCUCGAUGCGCAAUGGUAAGAGGCAGGCUGCGGUUCCCGGAGCACAAUCCAUUGGACCGGACCUCGAUGACGCGCAGAAAGUCGAUCUCAGUGGCAUCCUCGGCGAGGCAGGUACCCUCGACCCCUUCAACCAACUGGUCCAGAGCGGCCCCGGAAAGUUCGUGGACGAAGUGCUCACGCCCUCUCAAGCCGUCUCGUCCUACGGUCAGCUCGACGAUGACUCUGUCGACCCUGGCCUGAACCCGGAACUCUCCGUUAUCCUAGGCGCAGCAGGCACACUCGACCCGAACGGCAUGCUGAGCUCCCAUGUUGGGAUGCCCGGCAGUGUCGUCGACGGUGCAGAUGACGAGAACCCGUACACUGAUAUCCUUCCCUCGUGGGAUCCCGCGUUCCAGGAUGGCACCUUGGAAACGCUCCCAGGCCUCGAGGCAACCCUCCAGGCUGCCCAGGAAAAUCAUGUUGGUGCGAAGGCUCCCAAGUUACCGUUUGCACCGCAACCUGCCGGCUCCGCUGCUGCUGCGCAGGCACAAGCGAUUGAGCAGGGAAGUGUGUUGAAGUGGUUUAACGGGUUCGUUAGGCCGAGUGGGAGGAGCGACGUCGAUGCUACGCUCGUUCAGUAA